AUGUCCUUCCCCCAGCUGGGCUACCCGCAGUACCUCAGCGCCAGCCAGGCGGUGUACGGCAGCGAGCGGCCCGGGGUGCUGGCCGCCGCCGCCGCAGCCGCCGCAGCCGCCGCCGCCGCCUCGGGCCGGCCCACGGGCGCCGAACUGGGCAGCGGCUCGGCCGCUGUCACCUCGGUGCUGGGCAUGUACGCGGGGCCCUACAGCGCCCCCAACUACAGCGCCUUCCUGCCCUACACCGCCGACCUCGGCCUCUUCUCGCAGAUGGGCUCCCAGUACGAGCUGAAAGAUAAUCCGGGUGUCCACCCUGCUACCUUCGCAGCCCACACUGCCCCCGGCUAUUAUCCCUACGGACAGUUCCAGUACGGGGACCCGGGUCGACCCAAAAAUGCCACCCGGGAGAGCACCAGCACCCUCAAGGCCUGGCUCAAUGAACACCGCAAGAACCCCUACCCCACCAAGGGUGAGAAGAUCAUGUUGGCCAUCAUCACCAAGAUGACCCUCACUCAGGUCUCCACCUGGUUCGCCAAUGCCCGCCGCCGCCUCAAGAAGGAGAACAAGGUGACCUGGGGCUCCAGGAGUAAGGACCAAGAAGAUGCCAACCUUUUUGGCAGUGAUAAUGAGGGGGACCCUGAGAAGACCGAGGACGAUGAGGAGAUCGACCUGGAGAGCAUAGACAUAGAUAAAAUUGAUGAAAAUGAUGGGGAACAGAGCAACGAGGAAGAGGAGGAGAAGCCCGAGCUCCUGAGACAAAGCAGUGAAGAGGAGCGCUUGGAAAAAGACAAGGAUUUGGCACUGUCAGGAUCUGAAGGGCUGAAUCCCAAAGAUGCCCUGGCCAUGGUGAAGGAGGCCUCUGACAACAGCACGCGAAUCAUCAGCCCAGGGGGACAGAGCAAUUUACAGAUGCCAUCUCACAGCAAACCCAAGAUCUGGUCUUUGGCAGAGACUGCGACCAGCCCUGAUGGUGCCCUGAAAUCCUCCCCCCCGCCACCUCCCCCUGCCCAGGUCACCCACACUUCGCCACAGAUCCAGCAUCCCGCUUUUCUCCCCAGCCAUGGACUCUACACGUGCCAGAUUGGCAAGUUUCACAACUGGACAAAUGGGGCUUUCCUCACACAGAGUUCCCUGCUAAACGUGAGGUCGUUUUUGGGAGUAAAUCACCACCACGCCACUCACCACAACCACCACCUCCAGGCCCAGCAGCAGCCUUCUGUUUUAACAGCCACCCUGGGAGCCCUAAGCAGUGAAAAGCCUUCAGAGAAGACCAGUCCCAAACACAUAGAAAAUGUCCCAAGAAACGAUUCCCCACCUCAGCCACUCAAAUCGCCCUUCCAGCCUGUCCGUGACAACUCUUUGCCUCAGCAAGAGGGAACACCGAGAAUUUUAACAGCUCUCCCUUCCGCUUGAUUAAAUGGUUUGCUGAAAAACAAAAUAUUACAGAGACUGGUCUUAAGGACAGAAAAAAAAAAAAAAAAAAAAAAAACCCACA